CACAAGAACAUUUUAUGAGGCUAUGCAGAAUGACAGUGUGGACAUGCUUUCCCUCUUUGCUUUCCCUCCCUGGGCCAGUGUUGCAUCUUGUCUUUCAAACGAGGCAUAAGGAAGCGGUAUGCAUAUUGGUCAAGAAGUUUGGAGUUGAUCCACUUGUCGAAGAUCAAAUUGGGAAAACGACUGUGGAUUGGACAAGGUACAUCGAUGGCGCUGCUAUCUGUAGAAAGCUUGAUCCGACAUACAGACAAUGCCAGAUUAUCUAGUCAGCCGGGAUAAUCUAGCUAUGUAAAACUGAAAUUCUUUUUGCUUGGUAUCUUCAAUAUCAUUUUCUUGUUGGCUCUUCUGUACUGCCAUGGCGAAAAAUAUUGAUAAGGCUAAAUUUACC